GGGGUAUUCGAAUCGGCGGCGGCCUCCCCGGUGGUACGGCUGGGCCGGGUCGGGCGUCUCGCCGGCGGCUGGUGAGGUGUUUCGCCGCCGUGCGCUUCUCGUCAUGGACAGCCUAGAAAAUGUCUUCCGCAUGUUUGAAGCCCAUAUGCAAAGCUAUAAGGGUAAUGACCCACUUGGAGAAUGGGAAAGCCUCAUGAAGUGGGUAGAAGAGAAUUUUCCUGACAAUAAAGAAUGCUUGAUGACACUAUUAGAACAUUUUAUGAAGGAAUUUUUAGAUAAGAAGAGGUACCACAAUGACUCAAGAUUCAUCAAUUAUUGCUUAAAAUUUGCCGAGUACAACAGUGACCUUCAUCAGUUUUUUGAGUUUCUGUACAACCAGGGAAUUGGAACCAAGUCAUCUCCUCUAUACAUAUCCUGGGCGGGGCAUCUGGAAGCCCAAGGAGAGCUGCAGCAUGCCAGUGCUGUUUUUCGUAGGGGAAUUCAAAAUCAGGCUGAACCUAAAGAACUACUACAACAACAGUACAGGCUAUUCCAGGCACGCCUUAAUGGAGCCCACUUGCCAGCUCAAGCUACAACCUCAGAACCUCUGCAUAGUGCUCAGAUUUCAAACCAAGUUGUGACAACAAAGUCAAGUCCAGGGAAAAACUCAGACUGUGUUCCUAAGAGUCAGGGUUCAGAAUGUUUUGGUGUGGCACCUCCCACCUGUGAUAAAGAGUCUAAUAUUAGGGAACAAAGAGUGAUCCUGAUUUCCAAGUCAGAGUGCUCUGUCAGCUCCUCCGUGGCACCCAAGCCUGAUGUUCAACAGGUUGUUAUGUACUGCAAGGAAAAACUUAUUCGUGGGGAUUCAGAAUUUUCCUUUGAAGAACUGAGAGCCCAGAAAUACAAUCAAAGGAGGAAGCAUGAACAGUGGGUGAGUGAAGACAGACAUUAUAUGAAAAGGAAAGAAGCCAGUGCUUUUGAAGAGCAACUGUUAAAACAGAAAAUGGAUGAACUUCAUAAGCAAUUACAUCAAGUGGUGGAAUUGUCUUACAAGGACCUGCCUGCUUCCCACAACAGGCCUAACGUUAAUCUAGUACGUAUGGGACCAAAUGAAUGCUCCCAACCGGAAUUGAAGGUUCCAAGUCUUCCAUCCAUCAAUCAGCAGACCUCAGAGAACUCAGGAGAGAAACCACAGGAAGUACCUUCUGUGGUAAAUGCUGUUAACAGUGCUUUGAUGUUCCCAGCUGCCAGCCAGCCAACUCUCCCUAUUCCUAUAAGUGGCCAGUCAGUGACAGACUCCAGAUGUGUGAGUCAGAGUAUUCAUGAAUUCAUGCCACAGAGUGGACCAGAAACAAAAGAAGUAUGUGAAACAAAUAAAGUUGCCAGCAUUAAUUCUUUUCACACAACUCCAAACACAUCAUUGGGAAUGGUUCAAGCAACACCAUCAAAAGUACAGCCAUCACCAACUGUGCACACCAAAGAAGCAUUAGGUUUCAUCAUGAAUAUGUUUCAGGCUCCAACACUUCCUGACAUUUCUGAUGAUAAAGAUGAAUGGCCAUCUCUAGACCAAAAUGAAGAUGCAUUUGAAGCCCAGUUUCAAAAAAAUGCAGUAUCUUCGGGGGCUUGGGGAGUUAAUAAGAUUAUGUCUUUACCAUCUGCUUUUUCUAUUUUUGAAGAUGGAAACAAAGAAAAUUAUGGCUUACCACAGCCUAAAAAUAAGCCCACAGGAGCCAGGACCUUUGGAGAACGCUCUGUAAGCAAAUUUCCUUCAAGAUCAAAUGAAGUGCCUCACACUGAUGAGUUUACAGAUGACUCGACAGUAUGCGGUGUUCGCUACAACAAAACCCUCGCUCCCAGUCCUAAAAGCAUAGGAGACUUCACAUCAGCUGCCCAGCUUUCAUCUACACCCUUCCACAAACUUCCCACAGAUUCAGUGCAGCUUCCAGAAGACAAAGAAAAUGUAGUAACCACACAGUAUACACAUAAAGCUUUGGAUUCUUGUAAAGAAAACAUGGUGGACCUUGCAAAAGACAGAAAGCUUGGUUUAAUUCCAGAGAAACUUUCAGCAUCUUUACAUUAUCCUAGCCAGUCUGCCACCAGUGGUGUACUCACUCAGGAAGCAGUGUUCGGGCCUGAGGCUUACAAAUGCACAGGCACUGACCGUGUGACCAUGGAGGAACCACCAGAUACCAGUGCUAGGAUCCAAGUUGAGUGGAUGCAGACGAGUUCCCUCGGGAAUGUCAGUGCUCCAAACUUUACUAUUGAGGACCCAUGGGAUACUGAAUUGAUUCUUAAACUUCUAUCUGGGCUUUCUAAACCAGUGAGUUCCUAUCCAAACACUUUUGAGUGGCAGUGUAAACUUCCAGCCAUCAAGCCCAAGACAGAAUUCCAGUUAGGUUCUUUGCUGGUCUAUGUGAAGCACCUUCUUGGAGAAGGGGCCUUUGCCCAAGUCUAUGAAGCUAUUCAUGGAGAUGUGAAAGAUACCAAAAGUAAACAGGAAUGUAUUUUGAAGGUUCAGAGACCUGCCAACUCCUGGGAAUUCUACAUUGGGACUCAGCUGAUGGAAAGACUAAGGCCAGAAGUACAUCACAUGUUCAUCAAGUUUUAUUCUGCUCACUUAUUUCAGAAUGGGAGUAUACUAGUAGGGGAGCUCUACAGCUAUGGCACAUUACUAAAUGCCAUUAACCUCUAUAAAAAUACUCCUGAAAAAGUAAUGCCUCAGGCUCUCGUCCUCACUUUCGCCAUCAGAAUGCUUUACAUGGUUGAACAAAUCCACAGCUGCGAAAUCAUUCAUGGAGACAUUAAGCCAGAUAAUUUCAUACUAGGACACAGAUUUUUGGAACAGGAUAAUGAAGAUUUAGCUACUGGCUUGGCACUGAUUGACCUGGGUCAGAGUAUAGAUAUGAAACUUUUCCCUAAAGGAACGGCGUUUACAGGAAAGUGUGAAACGUCUGGUUUUCAGUGUCCUGAGAUGCUCAGUAACAAGCCAUGGAACUACCAGGUUGAUUACUAUGGAGUUGCUGCAUCAAUAUACUGUAUGCUGUUUGGCACUUACAUGAAAGUAAAAAAUGAAGGAGGAGUCUGGAAACCUGAAGGUCUUUUUAGAAGGCUUCCUCAUUUGGAUAUGUGGGAGGAAUUCUUUCACAUCAUGUUGAAUAUACCGGAUUGUCAGCAUCUUCCAUCUUUGGAUUUGUUGAGGCAAAAGCUGAAGAAAUUACUUGAACAUCAGUAUUCCAAUAAAAUUAGGACCCUGCGUAAUAGGCUAAUUGUGCUGCUUUCAGAAUAUAAGCGUUUGAGAAAAUAAAAUAUGAAUAUGGACCUUCUAAAAAAAUACUUUGUAAAUUUAAACUCUCAUCUUAAAUCCUGCUUUUUUAUACUUAUUAUUUAUGUAUGUAAAAAAUAAAGCCUAUAAGAUACA